UUCUUAAGUAUAUUUUUUACUUUGCCUUCAUAUAUUUUUUAAUCUAUAUGAGUGGUAAAAUAUUUACAGUCGGUCUUAACUCAGUUUGAAACAGUAUAUUUUAACCGUAAUCAAUGCCCUACAUUUUGAUCCGAGGCAAUUUGGCUUCGUAUGGACAUAAGAACCCUUGGCGUGUUUUGGUAUCGGGUUUAAAAGCUGGAGAUAUAGAGCAAUUGAAACGAUUCGCCUGUGGAGGUUAUUGUGACGAUUCAACAAUUGUUUAUCUGCAACAUCCAUGCGUCAUACUUAGUGCACUUGAGGUAUUGGGUUACAAAGUUGUUGCUUCCAGUUCAACAGCCGUAAAACAGGAUUACAAUGAGUAUAUGUGGACUAUGAGAAAAGAAUUUUCUGAACCAGAACCUUCUAUAAUUGUAGAGCAAGACAAUAUAACAAAUUUCAGUAAAGAGGCUAUGCACUACCAUCAUUCUAACAAAGACGACGAGGUUUAAAUUUA